GUGAACUGCAGUGUAGAUCCAGCAGUGACGCAGUGGGUUGAUGUGCUCUCUGGUGGUGUUUUGAUGCAGGAUCGCUGUGGGGCUGAGAUGUGCACCGGUCACUGCUCCAGGUCUGUGGGAAUGGCUCUGAUCCCUACAGCCAUCGUCUGCAUGCUGGCAAAUGCACUGCUGCUGUUUCCUGAUCUGAAGUAUCAGUACCUAACAGAGAAUCAUGUGACCAGAGAGGCCAUGUGGUGCUCUGGGAUCUGGGCAUCAGGGCUUCUGGUGCUUGUGGCCGCGCGAGGUUUUACAACACACUAUGAAAAGAAAGGAUGCUGUUAUUUUACUACUGAGGUUUUGCGUAAGUUGGGCUACACAUGUUUGGCUAUUCUGGCAGCUGGUUUGUGUUUCAUGGUGAGCGGGACGGGGCUGACGCGGGGGCCCCUCUGUUUACACAACAGCACUGACGGCCUAAAGUGGGGACGGCCAUUAAAACAAGACAAAACUGGCUCUUACCUCUAUGCUCCGGAGCGGUGGCCAUCUGCCUGUGUGGAGCCUCGGCGUGUUGUGAUCUGGAAUAUGGCUCUUUUCUCUGUCCUCAUGGCAGCGAGUGGCCUUCAGCUCAUUUUCUGCGUUCUUCAUCUCCUCACCGCCUUACUGGAGUCCAUGUGCAGACCCAGCUUCUGCAAGAAUAAGGUUGUUCCUGUUUGAAAUGACUAGAGGUUCUAUUAAUUUCCUCUCCGUGUGAGAAUGAGAAGGACAUUUUUGGGGGGUUAAGCAGUCAGCUAUGACUGCUUAACUUAUUUUAAACAGAGAGAGAGAGAGAGAGAGAGAAUAGAAAUGGGAAGUGGAUCGGGGAAGCCAGUUUUCACAUCCCUGAAGUUUUUUACUGCACUGUCAUCACACACAUCCAGUCUUAAGAGUGAUUUUAGUGACGGUAAACUUUGAAUCCCAGAAACACUUGAACAGUUAAAAUGCCUUGAAUAAUCCACUAAAAGCAUAGAGACAAAUAAUCCGUUUCAAAUAGUCUGUAUUGUAAUAUACAGUGGGUACG